GCUGUGUUGAUGCUGGACGUCCAACAUGUCCAUGUACUAUGCCAAUGCGUUUUGGGCAGCUCAAGAAUCGUCCUUUGAUAACGGCGACUUGUUUCUUCCAGCCGACACGCCGACUGGCACCAUGACCCUUGCAAUGGUGAACAAGCGUAAGAACACACUGGUCAAUAGGCAUAAACAGCAACUACAGCGACUGUGUGAUCUACAAUCAAAUGAGUUACAAGAAAAUCGAAGAGAUUUUUGCUCGCUGCAUAAGGAUCGGAUAUCACAAAUGUAUACACAUGUUCAUCCUCGGUCUGAAGUUGGCAUGUUCGAAGAAAUCUCUGGAAGCGAAUGGCUACAGGACAACCAACAUAAUAUUUUUCAAUCAGCAACAGAAGAAGAAGCGUCAUCGGAGGAUGCAGAAAACGAACGUGGUGUAAACAACGACCAAUUGGUUGCAUUUGAUGAAUUAGUGGAGCAGCUGAAUAAAGAGCAAAAUGAAAUGCGGAUCAAGCAAAUGAGUGAAUACGAGAACUACAGGCUGUUCCAAAUGAGAGAGUUGCAGAUGUUGAACUUCGACAUCACGACACAUAACAGCGCUCGCUCACAGUCAACUUCAACACCAGAUGCCUUAAAAACUUCGUCAAUUGAACAGAGUGCGAUCCCAGCAGCAGCUUCAAAUGAUGGCUUGCGAAGAAGUCCUGUGAAACCCGCAUUGCCUGAGUCUCGUCCUGACUCUAAUCAAUUCCAAGCUACUCGAAUACCACCUCAUCCCACAUCACAUAGUGCAACUCCACCCCCACGCUCAUCCAGUAACUAUGUACAUAGUGAUCGUAGAACAGUUCGUCCACCGUCAAGGUCAAAUGAACGCACUGAUUCUCGCGACAGGAAAACCCAACGCCAAAGCCAAAAUAAACACUCGCACGAUCAAUUCCAUUCUCGGAGGACGUCGUCACGUUCGGACAGGGAGGAUUCACCGCGGGAAUAUCACCGUAUUAGUAGGAAGCAUGAUCGUCCACGAUCAUCCUCUGACAACAGUGACAGAGAGGCGGACAGGAAACGAAGAAACGUGAGGUCAGAUCGACUAAAGUCACGAAGAAGUCCACCCCGAUCAUCUGCUCCCUCCCCACGGCCAAGAAUGAACUCCAAGCCAAUACCAGUCAAGAUUGAACUCCCACAAGCAAGAAACGACAACCUGCCACCUACGGUUAUGGCAAGCAGUACAUCAAACAAAGGAAAGACAGUGGCUGCCUCAAGCAAAAGCCAACCCCAUUCAUCCGUGGUGGUCGAGAUACAUGAUGGAACACCCGAGGUGGUACGGCGAUAUAUGGGAGGAAAACAACCUAAAGAGUACCUGGGUAGGCCAGUUGAUUUUGAUGAUGCUUUAUAUGAUGCUAGAAAACCUGGCAACAUAAGGCAGGUGCACGCCUAUUGGGAGGGUGAAUCCAGCCUAUGCUUCAUGAAUCAACGUACUCAUACCAUUCUGGGACGAGUAAACGACAUAGAGCCAGUGAUUCGCAAACAUUUGGUGCAUAAUUCCAGAAAUUCAGAUAUGUAGAUAGCUAAACUGUAAUAAAAAACAUUUGAUCCUGAUAUCAAAA